CCUGCAUCUCAACCACCGACAACAGCAAUGGCUGCCCGCGCCUUCGUUCUCCUGCUGCUCGUGGCUUUCGUGGGUGCCCAGACCAAUAAGAAGCUGCUCGCAGCCUUCAAACCAAGCGGUGCAGUCUGCGGCAAAACAAAGUGCCAACCAAACUACGUCUGCGAGGAACAAAUCUGUCAGGUCUGCGUUCCAGAGGCUCCCACCUGUAAAACCUGGCAGUGCCAAGACAAUGAGAAGUGCGAGGAAAGACCCACCGGUCCUGCGUGCGUUAGACUGACCUGCGCCGACAUCCGAUGCGCCGCUGGCGAACUUUGCAACGAACUACCCGACGGGCCGGACUGCGUGCCAGAUGUACCUUCAUGCGAAGGCUUCUUCUGUAAGCGCGGCACCAACUGCUACGUCCGUGACGGCUCUCCCAUCUGUCUGCCCAAUACGUGCGAAGUGCGUGUCUGCGAGGGUGGUCUGACCUGCAUUGACACGCCCAACGGUGCCCUCUGUCGGAGAGGAAACAAGACGCGAGGCUGCCCUGGCAAGUAUUGCCCAGAUAACUCCAAGUGCAUCGACACGCCAGAGGAAGGAGCCCAUUGCGUCAAGAUCUAGAGUCUCAAUUUCGACAUGUUAUCCGCUCCCAGCGAGAUAAGACUGUCAUCAAAUUCACGAUGUCAGGGAGUCUGUG